AUGGCUUCUGCAAACGCGCGAAAGUGUACCGAAAAAACACGUAGGAGCGGACAAACGGAAGAAGAUGGUGGCGAUAGUGACUGUGAAUCCACAUCGCCGAGUUUCAACAGCUCCGACUACUCUGAUGACUUGGAACCAGAAUGGCUUGAUGACAUCCAGAAAAAUGGCGAGCUUUUCUACCUGGAGCUGAGUGAGGGUGAAGAGGAAGCUGCCUUGGCUCAAGUCAAUGGCAAUCAAGGUGUCUCCACCAAUCACGUCCGCUUUAGCGAAAAGGAGGCCGAGAUCAUAACAGAGCAAAACAAAAAGCAGCGAUGCGGUACACGGACUAAAGGGGAGCCCGCACUUAAAAGGCUAGCCAGGAUCCUGAGGAGAAAACGCAGGCCGUCUCAGCGCAGAGGAGGGAAGGACGGAGGUAAAGACAGCUCGGGCGUAUCAUCGCCUCCAGCAUCCAUCCUGAAGAACCAGCCGGGUCAGAGACAAGGUGUGAUGGUUCAGCAGCAGCAGCUGAAGGAAGUGUGCGUCUACCUCAACCCCAAACGUCUCGUAGGUUCAUCAACACCGCUCUCCGACAGCGGAGGCCUGCUGGAGGCGCUGCUCGGGGUGGUUCAUCGACCCUCGUGGAGCAGAGGACAAGGAGACUCUGCAGUGAUGAGACAGGAGGAAAGACUGACUGUUCAUGGAUUAAUACCCAACAGCCCGGCCAUCAAAUGUGGCCAAAUCCUAAUAGGUGACGUGCUUGUAGCUGUGGACGAUGUGGACGUGACCUCGGAAAACAUCGAGAGGGUCCUGUCCUGCAUCCCAGGACCAACACAGGUGAGACUGACGUUGGAGACAGUUGCACAGUCGGACGGCAGCAGUGCUGGCGACACUUUAUCAGUCCGUAAGACGAAGGUGUCGCCGCCAGUCAGCCAGCUGGUGCGCCUGCUGUGGGGGGAGGACACAGCUGAACUUCAGAUGUCCAUAGGACACAUCCCGCACAUUGUCAUGUACCUCUCGCUUAAACUGGACUCGGCAUCACCGCAGGACGAGGAGGAGAUCUUGUACCAGUACCCGGUGUCUGAAGCAUCCGGCCAGCUGAAGGGAGUGAGGGGGAUCUUCCUCACUCUGUGUGACAUGCUGGAGAACGUCACCGGAGGGCGAAUACUCAGUUCUUCUCUGCUGCUCGGCAAACAUCUGGUACAUGUGGGCUACUGGAAGGAAAGCAACAACCUGUUGGUCAUCGGUCUUCCUGCUGAGAGGGUUCCUCUGCUGUAUCUGCAGACGGUGGUGGGAGACGUAGUGCGGACAUUAAAAGUGAUGUACGGCUCCUUAGACAGUGCGUUCUGUAAGGUGGACCACGCUCCCAGGUUGGACCACUUCUUCUGCCUGUUCUUCCAACAGCUCAUCCAGCCAUCUCGUCUGAGGGACGGCUCCUCGGCGCCGCCCCCCGACGUCUCAGGGACCCUUUUUCUCGACGGACUGCCGGCGGUCCGAUGGCUCACGCUGCCUCCAGAAAUCAAGGUGGAGGUGGAUACUGUCCUCUCUGAUUUCGAGUCUUCUGAUUUUGGAGAAAUGUCUGAGGACUUUUUCGGCCUGAGGCGUCUGUAUGUAAUUCUUGGGUCCUGUUUGUUCUACAAGUCGUACCUGAUUGCCAACCACCUGCCUAAAGAGGACCUGCUGGACGUGUGCCUGUACUGCCAGCACUACUGCCUGCUGCCGCUGGCGUCCGAGCAGCGGGUGGGUCAGCUGGUCAUCUGGAGGGAGGUGUUUCCCCAGCAGAGAGCUAACAGCAGCAGCAGCAGCAGCGCGGCGCCAGGCUACAGCCAGCCUCAGGGACGGCAUUUCCUCCUCAUAGUGGGGCUGAGGCACUUUAUGCAGUGUGUGCUGUUGGAGGCGGGCGGCUGUGCUUCGCCAGCUUUGGGCUCUCCAGGACCGGAUUGUGUUUACGUAGAUCAGGUGAAGGCCACCCUGCUGCAGCUGGAGGUGCUGGAGGCAGGUAUUGAGGAGCGUCUGAGUGCUCCCCCUGCUCCCUGCCUGUCCUGUGCUGACUGGUUCCUCCCUGCCGCCACAGCCCGCGACCGCCUGGACAGCCUGGCCUCCUCCUCCCCUGUCUUCAGCAAGCUAGCCGGGGCAGUCAAAGGCUCCUCCACAGGGGUCAGAGGCCGCAGCCUGUUUGGGGAGAAGGCCCGGAGGUCCAGCCCCCAGAGGAGCCUGUCGGACAGCGGGAGCGAGGGACAGAUGGAUGCUGGGUCAGGGUCUGGUUCAUCAGUGGCUCCAGGCCUCAGUCCACAUUCUACCCCGGACUCUGGGAGGAAGCUGGGGGGGCGUCGGGACUCGCUGGGGUCUGGAGGGUCUGACGGGAGUGGAGGCAGCGGAGGCCUCUUUAAGGCUCCUAGGAUGAAGCACCCAAACCCUUUCUACCUGGGCACCCUGAAAAAGACCCUGACUGAAAGGGAAACAGAGGAAAUGUAUAACACCAUGAAACUGACCUCGGGUGCAGAAAACACCUUGUUCCACUACGUCCUGAUGGAAACUGUCCAGGGGAUCUUCAUCGCUCCGACUCACAGAGAAGUGGCGCAGCUCAGCGGCUCCAUACACCCACAACUCAUCCGCAACUUCCACCACUGCUGCCUCUCCAUACGGGCCGCCUUUCAGCAGAGCCUGCCUGCCAGGGGUCGCCGGGCUGCAGACAGGCCUCAGGGUGGUGGUUGGGGUCUGGGUCCAGUGAAGGAACAUGGGGUCCUGUUUCAGUGUAAACCUGAGAACUGGACUGACCAGAGGAAAGCUGCUCCCACCAUGACUUACUGGGUCAUCGGGCGGAUGCUGCUCGAGCCUGUCCCUCAGGAGUUUUACGUGUGUUUCCAUGACUCCGUGGCAGAAGUUCCCGUGGAGAUGGCCUUCAGACUCUCAUUUGGCCUGGCCCUUUAAUCAGAGACAAAAUUUGAACUAUUCGUGAAUACCUCAGAAACUUUCGUGUUUACCUCUGAAUAGCGCAGACCAGACUUUCCGGUGAGACCAGCAUCAGUGUUUACAGAGAAAAUAUUACACAUUGUAUGCAGUGUUGGAUUUGUCUCAGAUGUACAGUUUUGUAUGGUCAUUUG